ACUCGUAGGGCCGCUGUUGGCCAGUGUGUUGAUAUUUCAGGGCACAUUUAAAGAGAAACCUCGCUCGCCAUAAUGAUAUCACAGAGAGAAAGACGUCGUGUUCAAACGUCGGAGAUCAUUUUAACUAGAGCCGUUUUCAACCUUUCUUUAACCGAUUCAAAUAGUUUCGGAGUGAUGUCUGUGUUUUAUCACCUGUAAGGGACAUUCGGUAAUUGUGGAUAAUAGUUUUUUCCUGCUAAUUUUCCAGGGGAACAGUUCGAACAGAACAAUGAAAUGGCAAGCGCUGUUGUUUUCCUUGGUCUUUUAUCUCGGUCCAGUCAUCGGCCAAAUCAGCUACUCUAUUCCCGAGGAGAUGCCGAGUGGCUCUUUAGUCGGUAAUAUUGCCCAGGAUUUGGGUUUGGAUACAAAACGACUGAAAUCUGGAAGAGCUCGCGUUUAUACGGGAGACGGUGUGGAAUAUAUUGAGCUAAACGGGGAACGCGGACUUCUUCUAAUCAAAGAGAGGAUCGACAGAGAAGCGAUUUGCAGGCAGACAACACCUUGUGCUUUACAUUUUCAGAUCAUUUUAGAAAACCCUAUGGAGUUUUACAGUGUCACAGUCGAGAUUAUAGACAUAAAUGACAACCCCCCCACCUUUGAGAAAAGCGAGGUAACCUUUAAAAUCAGUGAAUCUGCUGUAAUCGGAGGAAAAUUUGUUCUGGACAGAGCAAUUGAUCUUGAUGUCGGCAAAAAUGGUCUUCAGAAAUAUGAGCUUAAACCUACCGAUAAUUUUGUACUGAAAGGGGACAGUCAAGGUAGUGGAACGGAAAAGGCUGAAAUGAUUUUACAGAAGCCUCUUGACAGAGAAAAGGAAGAGUCGAUAUCACUAGUUCUAACAGCCUUUGAUGGCGGAGAUCCGCAAAUGUCAGGUACAAUUCGAAUUUUCAUCACGGUAUUAGAUGUUAAUGAUAAUGCGCCUGUCUUCACGCAGUCCACCUACACAGCCACUGUUUUUGAAAACGCCCCGGAAGGGACAGUUGUCACGAGUGUUAGUGCGUCAGAUGCAGAUCAUGGAUCAAAUGGUAGAAUAAAAUAUUCCAUUACAAACAGUUUAGAUCAAGCGCAUGCCUUGUUUCAGAUACAUGAAGAAAGUGGAGAAAUAAAAUUAAUUGGAAACAUUGAUUAUGAAAAUGCACGAAAUUACCAUAUUAACAUACGUGCAAGUGAUGAUGGUGGACUUACAGAUUCGUGCAAAGUUAUCGUUGAAGUGGUGGAUAUAAACGACAACAAGCCAACGAUUAAUAUAAUGUCAAAAUCAAAUAUGAUAUCUGAACACUCUAAACCUAACACUGUUGUUGCGAUGAUGAAUGUUCAAGACCCAGAUUCAAAUGAAAACGGUAAAGUCCACUGUUUUAUCAAUGAUAAUACACAUUUGUCUAUUAAGUCAGCAUCUAAUAAUUUCUACAGCUUAGUAACAGACAGUGAUUUAGACAGAGAGAGAGCCUCUGAGUAUAACAUCACUGUGACCUGCUCUGAUGAGGGAGUGCCCUCCCUCUCCAGCAGCGUCACUCUCACCUUACAGAUCUCAGACGUUAAUGAUAACGCACCUGUCUUUGAAAGGAGCUCAUAUGAGGCCUACAUUGUAGAAAACAACACACCAGGUCUUUCUAUAUUCACAGUGAAAGCCACAGACGCUGACUGGAACCAGAAUGCCCGUGUUUCUUACAUACUGGAGGACUCCUCCGUUAACGGAGUGCCAGUCUCCUCGUAUGUGUCCGUUAGUGCUGAUAGUGGAGUUAUCCAUGCAGUGCGCUCUUUUGACUACGAGCAGAUCAAAGAUUUCCACUUCCUCGUAAAAGCGCAGGAUGGAGGCUCUCCUCCACUCAGCAGCAACGUGACUGUGAAAAUAAUGAUCCAGGACCAGAACGACAACCCCCCUCAGGUUCUGUACCCAGUCCAGACUGGUGGAUCUCUGGUGGCUGAAAUGGUGCCUCGUUCAGCAGAUGUGGGUUAUCUGGUGACUAAAGUGGUGGCUGUUGAUGUGGACUCUGGACAGAAUGCCUGGCUCUCCUAUAAACUGCAGAAAGCCACAGACAGGGCGCUGUUUGAAGUGGGCUUACAGAAUGGAGAAAUCAGAACUAUCCGCCAAGUCACUGAUAAAGAUACUGUCAAACAAAGACUGACUGUUAUAGUGGAGGACAACGGACAGCCCUCUCGUUCAGCUACAGUUGUUGUUAACGUGGCGGUGGCGGACAGCUUCCCUGAAGUGCUGUCGGAGUUCACUGAGUUGACCCACGACAAGGAGUACAAUGACAACCUGACUUUUUACUUAGUCUUGGCUCUGGCUGUAGUUUCCUUCCUCUUCAUCACGUGUUUAGUGGUUAUUAUAUCAGUCAAAAUCUACAGGUGGCGACAGUCUCGCAUCCUGUAUCACUCCAACCUCCCUGUCAUUCCAUAUUAUCCACCACGUUACUCAGACACUUUGGGGACAGGGACUCUGCCACAUGUGUACAACUACGAGGUGUGCAGGACGACUGACUCCAGAAAGAGUGACUGUAAGUUCGGCAGAGCUGGUAGUCAGAACGUGCUGAUAAUGGACCCCAGUUCUACAGGAACGAUGCAGCGGAUACAGAGUGAAAAGAGCAUCCUGGAUGAACCAGACUCUCCUCUUGAGACAUACAUCAGUGCAAAUUAUUCUGAUUAAACAAGCAGGACAGAGUACUGAUGCACUCACACAGGCACAUCUUUUCAAUCACAUACAAAAACAGACUUUAAACACAAAAUGUAACAAUAACUUAUUUUGCUGCAGUGUCCAAACACCACAUAAGCAGAUAAUCAUUCUUUGUUUGUUUGUUUUUGGGGGUUUUUACAAGCAACACAUCUCUUUGCAUACCUCACAAAACAUUUACCUCCACUGAUUCAAUCAGGCAUCCAUGGAUGUGGCUUUUGUGACAUCUGAGCACGUGUGACAGUGUGACUGGUUUAUUGCUUAAGUAGGUUAUCAAUAAAACAUAAUUUGAUUGUUGACUGGGGGCAAACACUUAAUUACAUUAAUGCGCUCAUAAUUUAAGAUCUCACUAUAGAUUAGUAAGCCAUCAGCUCCGUUAUAGAUUUUAAAGGCCUCAAAGUGUUUUACAUUUAAAUAGGAUAUUUGUGUAAGCUCAGUAUCUCUCACUGUAAACAAGUUAAUUUGGUUUAAGGAAUGUAUUAGCAGGGAAGACCAGCUGCUACAGAUCUCAUGCCAGAAUGAAGGUGCACGGAUUAUGCUGUCCAGUACCAAGAACUUUAGUUACUGGAUUGAUACUCUGGACCAUCAACCACUAUAUAAAUAAGAAACCAUUGCAUCAUAGUGAUUAAAUAGGAUAUUGCAAUCCAAAUGAUGAAGUAUAGCUCAAGUAAUAGGACAAUAACCUGCUAAUGAUAGCAAUGUCUGUCUGUUUAGAAUGAUCAAUUAUCACUAGCUUGUUUUCAGUAUUCUAUUACCAGAAAUUCACUCAAACUUAGUUAGGAGAUAUCAAAAUAAAGAUCAAUAAACUGUUCUGCUGAUUCAGCGCCUGGAGUGGGUGUAUUGGAUUUUAUUUCAUGAGGUGUCCUGUUUAUGUUGCAUUACACAGAUAGGUAUGGCUUUUAUCAAGCCUGCCUUAUCCUCCUAGGACCUGGCGUCCACAUAUUUGGACAACACAUUUUGGGUUAUUUAGACCAAAAUACUCAAUUUUGCUCCACAAGGGUCUGAUAUUCACUUAUGAGGAUAUUAUAUUGCUGCUGUUCGAUCGAAAUUUCAUACGAAUAUCCUCAUAUGUGGAUCUAAUUU